CCAGCCGGAGGCGGCGCGCGCUGCCGUCUCGCUUAGCCUCUCCAGCGAGCUCUGCCUGCCACUGGCUGAUCUGCGUCAGAAGCUGGGCGGAGAGUUCAACAAGGAGUGGCGCGGCGUGUGGGUGCUGAUGGUGCAUCUGUGGACGACGCUGCUUCGCUCGCAGAAGCACUUUUUCGUGGCGGACGCCCUGGACUUCGCGGCGGUGCACUGCGGCGCCCUGUGCGCGGCCGUCUCCCAGCUGCGGACCAGUCUGCAGCCGGCCGACCUGGAGGAAACGGAGGCGGUGCUCAGUUUCCUGGCGACGCUGAUGGACUUCAGCCGGCAGUGGAGGCAGCGGCACCGGCAGUCGUUCGACACGCUCCUGGCCUGGCUGAAGGGGUGCGUGGGCAUCUGUUUCUGGUACGUCUGCCGGCCGACGGUGGUGGUCGUGCUGGGGCGGCUCUCGUCGGUGUGUCUGGUGCGCUGCACGCCUGUCGCCGCCGCUGCCGGAGCUGCUGACGCAGGACGGCCGCGACCUGAGCGGCUGGCAGCGCUGGCCGAGCCGGCGCGCCGCUCCUCCGGCACCGGUAGCCACGAGCCGCUGCUGGAGCUGCGCGCGGCGCUGCUGACCGGGCUGCACCAGACACUAACGCUGGUGCUGGAGCAGGCCGUGCUGCACCGGCUGCUGCCGCCGGCCGACGCCGACGACCAGCCGCUGAGCUGGGACCAGCUGCGCGAAGAGCUGAAGCCGUUCCUGGACAGCGUGCGGCGGCAGCAGCAGGGCCGGAGCUCGCCCCACCCGCAGGAGGGCGGGCCGCCGGCCGACCAGGCUCUCCUCCCGCUGCUCGACCGUCUGGUCAACGCCGUGCUGAAGUGA